UGCGAGCUCCUGUCCUCGUUAUCGGUAUAGCCGCGACAUAGGUAUUCCCGCGUUGACUAUAUGAACAUCCGUAUGCUCGACCACACCAAACCCUUUGGCAUGCAACCACGCUGACGGUGCGCCGAUGUCGAGCCUCUCCGCGGACGCGCUCGUAGAGUACGCGAAAGAGAGCUUCACAGAGAACUGCUGUGCAGCUGCAGCAGUAGCUCUCCUCAUAUAUGACUGGGCCGUCACCCUCGGGCAGGAGUUUCGCUAUGUAUGGCGUAGCAGUUUCAGGGGAUACACCGCGCUCUUUUUCUUGAACCGGAUCAACAUGCUUGGGAUGAUUGUUGGGAUUCUGUUGGGUCUUGUACCAUGGUACUCAGGAGAGGUUUGCAAGGCUGCUGUAUUAGUGCUCGCGUCCUUCCAGAUCUUGAAUUUCUUUGUUUGGGCUGUCGUUUCGUCCCUCCGAGUGUACGCUAUCAGCAAUCGAAAUCUGUGGCUAUCGCUGCUCACUUUCGCCUUGGCCAUGGUCCCAUUUGCCACCAACCUGUACAACUACGUCGAGUCGUCAUAUUUCAUCAGCGACUUCAAGGUUCUUGUGGCGUGCGAGUACACCCAGAACUAUUCCGACAGCCUGGGUAUGAAGUUGCUCAUCCUCACUCGGGUCUCGGUUAUUCUGGCGGACGGGCUGGUGCUCAUGGUCACCUGGCGCCAUCUUCGGGGGACUCUCAAGUCAUCUCGUAUCGGCACGAACAGAGUGUCACUAGGUCUUCUCUUGCUCAGGGAUGGAACACUGUACUUCUUACUGCUUCUCUUGCUCAACGUCGCACAAAUCAUCGCGGUACUAGACUUCGGCCAGAACUUCGACCCGAUUCCUGAUUUCAUCUUCCCAAUCACCUGCAUCAUCAUUUCGCGAUUCAUCCUCAACCUCCGUCGGUUCUCGUCAAGUACCGGCGACCCCCUCGAGUCGCACAGCUGGACGUCCGGGCCCGACGACCGGCCAGGACACACAUCUGGUGUGCCGCGCUCGUACCUCUCGAGCAUCAUGUUCCGCUCGGGCACUGGCCGCGCCGUCGAGUCCGAGCGCACCGUCGCCUCGAUCAACGACGGGAUCAUGGUCAAGGUGUCGACGUUCAGCGACGCGGACGUCUACCGGGGCGAGGAGGACAAUGACGUGGAAGCGAUGGAGCUCGAGCGCAUGGCGUACCGCGGGCAGAUCGACAGGCAGAGCUUCCAGCCGCGCUCGCCGUCGCACCAGACCCAGUUCUACGAGCCGCCCGACUACGGGCGCGUGCGCAGAGAAAAGGGGACGGCGCGUUAGCCCUCGUCUGGAAGAAUGGCCGGUUUACAUUAUUCCUUGUUCCUCUGUGUACGGCGGGCCGCGGGCGGUGGUGCGUGGGUACGCCCCCUCGCUGAGCUGC